GCCACGCGAUCAGCAGGUGAAAAGCACAAGGAGCAGGCUCAUUACAAGAAAGUUGAGCUCGCCGCACUGCUCGUUACGUUCCCUCCAAGGCUGCAAGUAGGCUGAGCGAGCGGGAGAGAUCGAUCAAUGGCCGGCGCCGGUCGCCGCCUGGACCUCCCCGUGGUGGACCUCGCGUCCCCCGACCUCCGCGCCGCCGCCACGUCCAUCCGCCAGGCGUGCGUGGAGUACGGCUUCUUCUACGUGGUCAACCACGGGAUCGAGCGCGCCCUGAUGGAGCGGGUGCUCGCCGAGAGCCGCAAGUUCUUCGAGCGCCCCGUGGAGGAGAAGAUGGCGCUGCGGAAGAACAGCAGCCACCGGGGAUACACCGCGCCCUACUCCGAGAAGGUCGACGACAACCCCGACUCCCGAGGAGACUCCAAGGAGACUUUCUACAUUGGGCCUGAAGAGGACGAUGAUUCACAUAACAAUGUUAAUCAAUGGCCUUCUGAAGAAUGUUUUCCAUCUUGGAGAAAGACAAUGAUGUCAUACCAUGCAAAUGCACUGGUUACUGGCAAAAGAAUAUUGUCUCUUAUUGCUUUGAGUUUGGACCUUGAUGCUGAAUUCUUUCAAAAGAAUGGUGCUUUUGAAAUCCCAACAGCAGUUCUUCGAUUAUUACACUAUGCAGGUAACGUAAAUGCUUCUGAUGAUCGAAAUAUUGGUGCAGCAGCUCAUUCAGAUUAUGGAAUGCUGACCCUUUUAGCAACAGAUGGUACACCUGGCCUGCAGAUAUGCAGAGAGAAAGAUAGGCAUCCUCAGCUUUGGGAAGAUGUUCACCACAUUAAUGGGUCCCUUAUUGUUAAUAUUGGUGAUCUGUUGGAAAGGUGGACUAAUUGUGUAUUCAGAUCUACAUUGCAUCGUGUUGUCCCUGUUGGCAAAGAGCGAUAUUCUGUUGCUUUCUUCAUUGAUCCAAGCCCAAAUUUAGUGAUCCAAUGCAUGGAGAGUUGUUGCAAUGAGGCAUAUCCACCAAGGUUUCCACCUAUCAAGAGUGGCGACUAUUUGGAAGAGAGAUUGAGUUCUACGUAUAAAUUGGCGACUGCCUAAUCUAGCAACCAAUAAGUAGUACUACAUACGAAUCAGUAGUACUGCACUAUGAACUUAUGACUUCCAGUGUCAAUAAGAUUUUUGUUUCUCUAUGCAAAAAUAUUUCCUAUUGGUAUGGUCAGGGGGUGUUUGUUUC